GCUGAGGUGGAAGGAGGCAUAUAGACGGAGAUCCAGGAGGGACUGCAAAGGGGAGUUUGGCAGCGGCGAGGGCGAUGCGAGAGAGGGGGCACAGCUGAGACAGAGAGACUGUGAACGCGAUCAGGGAGACGAGCCGUUCGGAGCGCAGCACGUUUCAUCUCCAUAUCCUUCUGAAUCCGCGUAAACCGGAAGGCGCCGGCUGAACAUGUCAGUUCACGCUUUGCAAGAAUAUGAAUUUGAAAGGCAGUUUAACGAGGAUGAAGCUAUCCGAUGGAUGCAAGAAAACUGGAAGAAGUCAUUCCUGUUCGCCGCCCUCUAUGGAGCCUGCAUCCUGGGAGGACGGCACCUGAUGAAGCAGCGGGAGAAGUUCGAGCUGAGGAAACCGCUGGUGCUUUGGUCACUGACGCUCGCCGUCUUCAGCAUAUUUGGUGCAGCCCGCACCGGCAGCUACAUGAUGUACGUCGUCAUGACCAAGGGGCUGAAGCAGUCUGUGUGCGACCAGGGCUUCUACAAUGGACCGGUCAGCAAGUUCUGGGCGUACGCCUUUGUCCUCAGCAAGGCGCCAGAGCUCGGGGACACCCUCUUCAUCGUGCUGCGGAAGCAGAAGCUGAUCUUCCUGCACUGGUACCACCACAUCACGGUCCUGCUGUACUCCUGGUACUCCUACAAGGACAUGGUGGCCGGCGGCGGCUGGUUCAUGACUAUGAAUUACCUGGUGCACGCCGUCAUGUACUCAUAUUACGCCAUGCGGGCAGCCGGCUUCCGCGUCUCGCGCAAGUUCGCCAUGUUCAUCACGCUGACGCAGAUUGCGCAGAUGGUGGUGGGCUGCGUGGUCAACUACCUGGUGUUCUCCUGGAUGCAGCAGGGUCAGGAGUGCCCAUCGCACGUGCAGAACAUCGUGUGGUCCUCCCUCAUGUACCUCAGCUACUUUGUGCUCUUCUGCCAGUUCUUCUUCGAGGCCUACAUCAACAAGGCCAAGAGCAACGCCCAGAAAAAGGCCCAGUAG